UGGGGGCCUGUCCCAUCCCAUCGCGUUGCAUCGCAUCCCAACCCAUCCCAUCGCGCCGUGCCAGCCGGAGGAGGCUCAGAGCGCGCAGCGAGCUGAACCCCGCCAUGGCCCGGCUCAGGGCGCUGGCCUUGCUGGGGCUGGUGCUGGCCACUGCGUGCUCAUCCCCCUGCUACGACCCCCGGGGCCAGCCCCGCCGCUGCAUGCCCGUCUUCGAGAACGCCGCUUUCGGCCGCGUCCCGCUGGCCACCAACACGUGCGGCUCGCCGCCCGAGGAAUACUGCCUGCAGAUGGGCGCGCGCGAUGCCAGCCAGCUGUGCCAGCGCUGCGACGCCGCCGACCCGCUGCUGCACCACAACGCCUCUUUCCUCACCGACUUCCACAGCCAGGAGGAGAGCACCUGGUGGCAGAGCCAGUCCAUGGCCUUCGGCGUCCAGCACCCCAACUCCGUCAACAUCACGCUCCACCUGGGAAAGUCCUAUGAGAUCACCUACGUCCGCCUGAAGUUUCACACCAGCCGCCCCGAGAGCUUCGCCAUUUACAAACGCAGCCGUGCCGACGGCCCAUGGGUGCCCUUCCAGUUCUACAGCGCGUCCUGUGAGAAGACCUACAGGAAGCGGCAGAGGCAGUACCUGCAGCCGGGUGAGGACGAGCAGGUGGCCUUCUGCACAGAUGAGUUCAGCGACAUCUCCCCGCUGAGUGGUGGCAACGUGGCUUUCUCCACCCUUGAGGGCCGUCCCAGUGCCUACAAUUUUGAUGGAAGUCCCACGCUACAGGAGUGGGUGACCGUCACCGACCUGCUCAUCUCCCUGAACCGCCUCAAUACAUUUGGGGAUGACAUCUUCAAGGACCCCAAGGUGCUGCAGUCCUACUACUACGCCAUCUCUGACUUCUCCGUUGGCGGCAGGUGUAAAUGCAAUGGUCACGCCAGCGAGUGCGUGCCGGAUGAGGCAGGACAGCUGGUGUGCAUGUGCCAGCACAACACAUCCGGCACCGACUGCCAGCACUGCCAGCCCUUCUACCAGGACCGGCCCUGGGCGCGCGGCACCGCCGAGGCUGCCAAUGAGUGCCUCCCUUGCAACUGCAGCGGCCGCUCGGAGGAAUGUUUCUACGACGCGGAGCUGUUCCGCCGCACCGGGCACGGGGGGCACUGCCGCAACUGCCGCGACAACACGGCCGGGCCCCACUGCGAGCAGUGCCAGCAGAACCACUACCGCUGGGAGCAGCAGGCUGCCUGCCAGCCCUGCCACUGCCACCCCGCAGGUUCCCUGCAGCCCCAGUGUGACAGCUCGGGGAGCUGCACCUGCAAAGCCAACGUGACGGGCUGGAAGUGUGAGCGCUGCAAGGAUGGCUACCACAGCCUGAGCGAGGGCGGCUGCAGACCCUGCGCCUGUGACCCUGCGGGCAGCGUGGGCGCCUGCGACCCUAACACGGGGCAUUGCACCUGCAAGGAGAGGGUGGAGGGGCACCUGUGCAACAGGUGCCAGCCUGGCUGGUUCAACCUGCAACCCCACAACCCCACUGGCUGCACCAGUUGUUUUUGCUAUGGACACUCCGCUGUCUGCACGGCAGCAGAAGGCUACGAGGUGACCCACAUCCACUCCAACUUCAAGGAAGGGCCAGAGGGCUGGGCUGCAACCAUGGGGGCCGUGGUGGUGCCCCUGCAAUGGGCUGAUGGGGAGGUCAGUGCUGAGUGGGAUGAGGAGGAGCCGCUGGACCUCCGUGCACCAGAGAAGUUUCUGCAGAACCAGCGUCUCAGCUACGGGCAGCCCCUGUCCCUGCUGCUGGGAGCAGAGGGGAAUGGAACCAGGGUAGAGAAUGGGGUGUCUCCGCUUGGGGUCCAGCUGGUGCUGGAGGGCGAGGGGCUGGAGGUCACCAUGUCCAGCAGCGAGAGCCGGGCACAGGACGGGAAGCAGGCUGUCACCUUCAGGCUGCAUGAGGCAGAGGAGGGCACGGAGCCUUUGCUGUCAGCCUUCAGCUUCCAGCGCCUGCUCUCCAACCUCACCGCCCUUCGCCUCCGCGUGAGCCAUGGCCCCAGGCCAGGCAGGCUGUGGCUGAACCGGGUGCAGCUCACAUCGGCUCGCCACGGUGCAGGCACACGGGCAGGAUGGGUGGAGGAGUGCACAUGUCCCCCUGGCUACACCGGGCCCUUCUGCCAGUCCUGUGCACCCGGCUUCAAGCGGGACAUCCCCUUUGGUGGCCCCUUUGUCGCCUGCGUGCCCUGCACCUGCAACCAGCACGGGGACUGCGAGCCGCUCUCAGGGCACUGCCGCUGCUUGCACAACACAGAGGGUCCCUCCUGUGAGCGCUGCAGCCCCGGGUUUUAUGGCAACCCCUUCACCGGGCACCCUGAUGACUGCAAGCCAUGCCCGUGCCCCGGCCACUCACCCUGCACCCAGCUGCCCGGCAGUGGGGAGGUGGUGUGCACCCACUGUCCCCCUGGGCAGAGAGGGAAGCGCUGCGAGCUGUGCGAUGAUGGAUUUUUCGGGGACCCCUUGGGGCAGAGGGGUCCCGUGCGUCCCUGUGUCCCCUGCCAGUGUCAUGGGAACGUGGACCUCAACGCUGUGGGGAACUGUGACUCUGUGUCCGGGCGCUGCCUGCGCUGCCUGCACAACACAACUGGAGAGCAGUGCCAGCAGUGUCGGCCAGGAUUCUAUGGGGAUGCAUUGUCCACCAACCCCGCUGGGAAAUGUGCACCAUGCAACUGCAACCCUGACGGCUCAGCCCUGGGGCUGGAGGGCUGUGAUCCGGGCACGGGGCAGUGCCACUGCCUCCCACACGUGUUGGGCAGAACAUGUGGGCUGUGCCAGCACGGCUACUACGGGCUGCAGCCUGCCGUGGGCUGCAAGAGCUGUGAGUGCCACCCAGUGGGGUCCCGGGACAGCGGGUGCCAUGCGGUGACGGGGCAGUGCUCCUGCCAGCCGGGUGUCACAGGGCUGCGCUGCGACAGAUGCGAGCACGGAUUCUUCGGCUUCUCAGCCAGGGGCUGCCGAGCAUGCAACUGCUCCCCGCUGGGCUCCACCAGUGCGCAGUGCCACGAGAACAGCACCUGCCUCUGCCGCCCCGGCUUCGUGGGCUACAAGUGUGACCGCUGCCAGGCAAACUUCUUCCCUGACCCACCGAGCUCCAGCUGCCAGCCGUGUCCCGCCUGCUAUGGGCUGGUGAAGGAUGGGGCGGAGCGGCUCAGGGUGAAGCUGCAGGAGGUGGAGGAAUGGCUGCAAGCACCGGGCUGUGAGCUCCGCCUGGGGCAGCCCCCUGCCAUGGGAGAUGCAAGCCGGGGAGAUGGGCUGAGCACACAGUACCUCCUGCAAGGUGCCCAUGCCACGCUCUUGGCGCAGGUGGGACGGCUGUCGGGAAUGCUGAGCACUGCACAGGGCCAUCUCAGCAAUGCCAUCGGGGCCAGCAGCUGCUCCAGCCACGGACCCCCCAAGACCUGCACGCUGCUGUCUGACAUCGGGGCCGUGCUGCAGUCAGCACAGCGGGAGAUCCUGCAUGCUGCCAAUGCCCUGGCUGCCAUGGAGAUUCCCCAGGAGAUCCCCUCGCAGCCCAGCAACUGGAGCCGCUGGGCACUGGAGGCGCGGGUGCUGGCAGAGAGGCAUGGGGAUACUGCAGCGCGGGUGGAGGCGGCGGUGAGGAGAGCGCUGGGUGCCUCCAACACCAGCCACGAGCUCCUGAGGACACUGCUGGAGGGGAGAGCAGCACAGGAGGCACAGCGGGAGCUGGAGGCCAGGUAUGAGGAAAUCCAGCGGGCAUGGGAGGAGCUGGGUGCUGGCAUGGAGGAGGUGGCAGCGGAGGCCAGGAGAGCUCUCACAGCCAUCCAGGAGGCGAAUGCAGGCAUGGCUGAGAAGAUUCAGCAGGCGGCUGCUCCAGGCCAGCAGCUGCUGCUGGUGCAAGCUGGGGCCCUGGCACGGGAGGUGGCAGCACUGGAGCAGGCGGUGCAGGCGCAGGAGCCAGCAGCUCAGCAGAGCAUCGCAGCAUCCCGCAGCAUGGCAGCUGGGCUGCGCCGGGACCUGCAGGGUGCUCAGGGCUUUGUACAGCUCCAGGACCGGGCUGGAUCUGCUCAUGACCUGUCCACCUCGGCAGUCUCACAGGGGAAAGCAGUGCUCUCUGGUGCAGAGUCCCUCCUGGGCAGCUUGGAAGGCAUGAGGAAGGUGUUGGGGCAUCGGAAGGGCCGGGCUGCCCUGAGCAGGAGAAUGGCACAAGUGCGGGACAGGACGAUGGUGGAGGCCCGGAAGAAGAUUAAACAGGCAGAGAAAAUGCUGGGAAACUCCUUGUCUGUCUCCAGUGCGGCCAGGAGGAAGGCCAGGGAAGCUGAACAUGUUGCUGGGGAGAGCAGUAAGAGGGCCCAGGCUGUGCUGCAGGGCAGCAAGCAGGCUCGCAAACACACCAGGAUGCUCGCCACACAUGUCAACGAGACCCAGCAGGAGCUGUCCCGCCAGCAGCGGAUGGCUGAGGAGCUCAGGGGGGGCCUGGAGGAGGCAGAGCAGGUGGGGACGGAGGUGAGCGAGAUGGCAAAAAGCCUGCAGGAAGCCCGGGGCUCACUGAUGGCAGACAUUGAGACCCUGAACGAUCUGCUGCACAGCCUGGGCGCCCUGGAGCCGGGCACGCAGGCGGAGGCGGUGCUGGGUGCCGGGCAGCUACAGCUGGAGCAGCUGCGGCUGCGGCUGAGUGCUCCAGGAACCCUGGCCACGCGGCUCGGGCAGCUGCAGCAGGAGGCAGAGCGGCAGCAGGACAGGAUCCAGGCGUUUGAGAGCGACUUGGCUGAGAUCCGGGCCGACAAGCAGAACCUGGAGGACAUUUUGCGGAGCCUCCCUGAGGGCUGCUCCAAGUGGCAGUGACGGGUCCACGGCUGCUGCCCCAACACCUCCCAGCGCCCUCAGCAGUGACCAGCAGAGUGAAGGACACCCACUUCACCAGCAUCAUCCCUCCUGCUGCUCUUUACAUUGUCCUCCAUACAAUAUUGCACUCAGGUCCUUACCCACUCUGCUUCUGACCUAGCAUCCCAAAUGCUCUGUGCAUAGCUUCAGCCACCAGCUCCAUCCCUCAGGCCAGGAGACAAAGCAGCCGCCAGGGAUGGAUGUGGUGGGGAUGGAGCUGUCACAGCACUGGUUUCACCGGGCAGAGAAUGAAGAACUGUCACCAGUCUCCUCCACACUAGCUGCAACCCUCCAUCCCUCCUUCCCCACUGCAGCGCAGAGGGACUUUACAGGCUGGAGCCCAGUUCACUCGUUAACCUGCUUUACCUGUGUUCCUCUGCUCACAGUGCUGGAACUCAGGUUUGCUGAAGUCUGAUGCGAUGCUAUUUGUAAAACUGUUGCCACAGACCUUGGAUUCCCCCAGCUCCAUCUUCUGCUGGUCCAGAGGUCUGCAAAGGGCAUGACAUUUUCCUGCCCUGAGCAAACCCAUCUCCCUCCUCUGCCCAAGGAGUGUAAUGGCAGGGGCUCCCCUCUCGUGGCCCGCUGACAGCUCAGCAAAAGCAAAGCCACGCAGCAGUGAGAGCACAGCAAGAUGUGGCUCGGCCAAGAGGCAGGGAGUCACAGGCACUGCUGUCUCCCUGAGAAGACAAUUACAUGCCUCUGCUCAGCACACCAGCUUGCUGCUGUUACAGAAAUGUCAAGCCCCUGCCUCGUGUGUGUGGCUGAAGAUGUGGCUCAUCCUCCCUCCUGCUCUUCCUGGCGCUCUGUGUGUUUUUUAGCCGGUGACACUUGCCUACAGCUGUAUCCAUUAAAAAUCCUUCAUGUAGCACGGAGCUGCCCGUCCACCCA